AUUCCUAACCAUCCUUCUAUACAACCCCUUUUGAUCAUCCUGGGCGUAUCUCGGAUUGCUCUGCAGGUUUAUAUCAGUCCGUCACAACUAAUCAUCUACUCGAGUACAUUUAUUCGUAAUUGGAUCUUGCUCUCGCCGUUACUCUUCUUCCCUAACGCGUGCACCCCGCCGCUACGAUCAACGCGUGUAAAUCAAGAUGGGGAAACUUCAACGUCUUGAACUUUUCAGUAGGCUGGUCGCACUAUUUAUGCCAUUGCUUUAACUGAUUGUAUGCAGAUUUCAAGUCCUAUAAGGGUCACCAUGUACUUCUGUUUGGGGAUUCAUAUUUCACUUCUAUAAUUGGCCCUAAUGGCUCUGGCAAAUCGAAUUCGUAUGUGAUCCGCAAGAUUUCGUCCGAAAACUGCUAAUAUGACUGACAGUAUGGACGCGAUUUCUUUCGUUCUGGGCAUCAAGUCAUCCCAUUUACGAUCUGCACAAUUACGGGAUCUCGUAUACCGCGGAAGAGUGUUGAAAACCUCGAAAAUCAAUGACGAUGGAUCCGCGGUUGACCCAGCUGCGAAUGGACAUGCGAAUGGAGAUGGAGAAGGUUCAGAUGAGGAUUCGCAGUCUCAGAAACCGGCGCGCAAUGAUCCCAAAAGCGCAUGGGUUAUGGCUGUUUACGAGGAUGAUCAGGGCGAGGAACAAAAAUGGAAGCGUUCAAUCACAAACCAAGGUGCCAGUGAAUAUCGUAUCAAUGACCGUGUCGUCACAGCGCAAGCAUACAAUGAUGCCCUAGAAUCUGAAAAUAUCCUGAUCAAAGCUCGAAACUUUUUAGUUUUCCAAGGAGAUGUUGAAGCUAUUGCGUCGCAAUCACCAAAAGACUUGACCCGCCUCAUUGAACAAAUAUCUGGCAGUCUGGAAUACAAAGCAGAAUAUGAAAGAUUGCAGGAUGAGGCGGAGAAAGCAGCAGAUGAGCAAAAUUAUAGCCUCCACCGUAGGCGUGGCAUCAAUUCCGAAAUCAAGCAGUAUCAAGAGCAAAAGAAAGAAGCUGAAGCUUUCCAGAAAAAAGUUGUGGAAAAGGAUGACGCUAUUGUCGAACACAUAUUAUGGAAAUUGUACCACUUUCAACGAGUCAUGGACGAGUCCAGCGCUAGCAUUCAAGAACAUCAGGAAAAUUUGAAGGAGUAUCGCCGUGGCGUGGAAAAGUAUCAGAGUAACCUGGACGCAGCGAGAGCAGAACAUGCUAAAGUUAGUAAGGAUGCCAGCAGGAUAGAGCGAAACAUCAAGCGGAAGGAAAAGGAGAUCGAGGAGAAGGAAGUUCACUUGGUGCCAUUUGAUGAGAAAAUUAGAACCGUCACAUCUGAAAUCGAAAUGUUGAGAAGGAAGGCUGCCCUCGUCAAAGGAGACCGGGACGACAAGUCUAAGGAUAUUGCGAAGCUCAAAAAAGAUCUCGCAUUAGUUGAGAAAGCACAGAAACAGUUCGAGGUCCAGUGGCAGGAAACCCUCAAAAAACAGGGAAAACAGUUGAGCGACGACGAUUUCAAGGAGUACCAGAAGCUCAAAUCAGAAGUCGUCAAGAAGACAUCCGAGGACCAAGCCAAACUAGACAAUCUAGUCCGCCAGCUGAAAACAGAUGAAGUAACGGCGAAUAGCUUGAAAGGCAAGAUGGAGGCCGCCCAGGCUUCGGUGGAUAAGCUUCAGGGUGAGCUAGACACCAGCGUAAGACGAAGAGACAAUCUCAAGGAAUCAAUCGCCAAGACAACCAGGGAUAGGAAUGCCAAGAAAAAAGAGCAUAACUCCCUUCAGUCGGAACGUGUUCGCUACAACCAAUUGAAGACUGACCUUGAAGAGAAACUCCAGGAGAUUUACAAACAGAUUAGAGAGGGUGAAUAUGGUCGAAGAGAGAGUGAAAAGGAAAGAAGGGUCAAGCAAACCAUAACUGAAAUCAAACGAAUAUUUCCCGGGGUGAAGGGGCGCAUUGGAGACCUUUGCAAGCCAAAGCAGAAGAAAUUCGAAGAAGCAGUAAGCACGGCUCUUGGCCGGGACUUUGACUCCAUCGUUGUCGACACUGAAAAGACUGGCACUGAGUGCGUCCAAUACUUGAAAGAUGGCAAAAAGCCUCCGAUGACUUUCAUUCCUUUAGAUAAUAUCAAGGUCAACGCCACAAACUCUUCGUUGAAAGGAUUAGCCAAAGCCCGAUUGACUAUUGAUACGAUUGAUUUUGACUCAUCUGUCGAGAGAGCUAUGUCUUACGCAUGUGGAAGCUCAAUUGUCUGUGAUGAUAUUGCAACAGCCAAGGACAUUUGUUAUCGGAAGAAACUUCAAGUGAAGGCUGUUACUCUGGAUGGCGUUAUGAUCGCUAAAGCUGGUAAUAUCACUGGUGGUCGUGUUCCUGACGGUCGUGGUAACAAGCGCGCGUUCGGUGACGCCGAGAUGGAUAAGCUUAAGGCUAUGGCUGAGAAAUACGAUCGUGAAAUUAGGGCUCUUGAUGCCAGCAAGAAAAGAACGGGAGAGGAAGAACAAUUGGCGAACGCCAUCAACAAUUUAAACCAAAAAGCUACUUAUGAGCAGACUGAAUUGGCCGAAUUCGAGAAGAACAUCGCCAGCGAACAAAAAAAGCUAAAGCAUGAACAACGCCAGUUAGAGGACGUGGAGCCCAAAUACGAAGAAAAAAGGGCUGAAGUUGAAAAGCUCCGGCGAAAGGUGGAGGAGUUUCAACGAGCUAUUGCAAAGGUCGCGGACAAGAUCUUUGCUGAUUUCUGCAAGAGAACGGAAUACUCAAAUAUUAGAGACUAUGAAGCCCAGCAAGGCAGCCUCGAGCAAGAAGCUUUGGAGAAAAAGAAUGAGUUCGAGAAACAAAAGCAAACGUUGAAAAGCCAGGUGACCUGGGAAGACAAUUAUUUGGCUGACAUCAAGAACCGUCUGGCCGACCUUGAGAACAACAUCGAAAAGCUUGGAUCCGAUAUUGAGGAAUAUGAGGCAGAAAAAGAAACACUCGCACAGGCAAUCAAUGUGGACCGAGCAGCCGUCACAGAAUUCGAGGAUGCCCUUCAAAAACAAAAAGAAAAGCUCGCGGCUAAGACUGAGAAAGUCAAUGUCGCAAGGCACGACCUACAAAAGGCGAGCAAAGGAAUUGAUGAGCGUACAAAAUCCAUCACGACUCUGGAGACAGUAGCUCAACGGACUAGCGCGAAUCGAUAUGCUCUGUUGCGACGCUGCAAGAUGGAGCAAAUAGCCAUUCCAUUAGCAGCAGGGUCAAAAUCUUUGGAUAGUCUCCCUGCGAAUGAAAGCUUGCAACAAGAGGAUCCUGACGCCAUGGAUGUUGAUGAAGGUGACCAAGUCCCUGAAGAGAUGAUAAAAGAUUACGGCAUAUACGUGGAUUUUGAUAAGCUUGGUGAUGAGCUGAAAAACGUAAGUGGCCCGCAAUAGGUCAAAAUGCACAUGCUAAUAUAAAACAGCCCGAUGAUGAAGAUGUUGAGGAGCAACUGCAAGAGAAGAUCUCUAACCUCAACUCAGAACUUGAGAAACUCAAUCCUAACAUGCGCGCAAUCGAGCGACUGGAUGUUGUCGAGACACGCCUUAGAGAUACUGAUAAGGACUUCACCGCCGCUCGCGACGCUGCAAAAGCUACUCGUGAUGCUUUCAAUGAAAUCAAAGAAAAACGAUAUGAUCGCUUCAACAAAGCUUUCGCACAUAUUUCCGACCAAAUCUCUCACGUUUACAAAGAUCUGACACGCUCAGCCACUUUCCCUCUGGGCGGUCAGGCGUAUCUUGACAUUGAAGACAGCGAUGCACCGUAUCUCUCUGGAAUCAAAUACCAUGCCAUGCCACCACUCAAGCGUUUCCGUGACAUGGAACAUCUAUCAGGUGGUGAGAAGACUAUGGCAGCUUUGGCCUUAUUGUUCGCAGUUCAUAGUUAUCAACCUUCUCCAUUUUUCGUCUUAGAUGAAGUUGAUGCUGCUCUUGACAACGCAAACGUGGAGAAAAUCCGAAAUUAUAUCAAGGAGCACGCAGGGCCUGGAAUGCAAUUUAUCGUCAUUAGUUUAAAGACGGGAUUGUUUCAGGGAAGUGAGAGUUUGGUCGGUGUCUUCAGAGAUCAGGAGGUCAAUAGCUCGAAAACUUUGACGCUUGAUGUAAGUCUUCCUUUUUUUUUUGGCCGUUCAACAAGUGUCCACCUACUAAUAUCUCAAAUAGUUGCGCAAAUAUGCAUGAGUGGUAAUUACCUUGCCGUUGUAUAUUACGUGAGGAAAUUUGGUGUGUAGUUGCAGUUUCAGUGUGACGAUAGGAAUGUAAUUGGGUGGGAGGAUCUGGCUCGAUAGGCCUAUGAAUACCAGAAUUGUAGGUGGUUUGAGAUAUGAAAGUUUGUAGGAAUAUGCUUGCCCUCAGUUGAUACAUGAAUAAUUUGCUUUUUGUGAAUAGGUAGCUGUAUUCAGUGCUAGGAUAAAAGCAAUUAAGACGUAUUGGUUAAGAGUUAAGAGGGCGGCUUUAUGAUCACUUAUGUUUUGUUUAAAAGUACCGAUCUUCCUGGCAAAGCUUACCCGUCCCUCGC